AAGUCUCAAACAGUCAAACUACUCCAAAAUCAUGUCACUCUCGUUUCUCUCUCCUCAAAAUCAAAUUAUUUUGUGUUUGACUUUAAUUUACAAGUCCAAUUGCGUCUCAAAAAUGUUUGCUUCCGUUUCCGGUCACUUUCCCUCACCGCAAAUUGGAUUAUUAGACUUGUUAAUCUCUCUCCUCUUCCUUCUUUCUCUCUCACUCUGUGUCUCGUUGACUUUAUUUCCACUUCCAGUUCAAAAAUUUGGCAUUAAUAUGCAUAUUGCUUCCGCUGAUUCUCCAAUGGAAGACAACAGCUAACCAUAUAUUUCUUUUAAGUGAUACUGUUCUAUCUGACAUGUCAUGACAGAGAUUGCCAGUGAUACAAGAUUUGCUGUUUUGCUCCAUAAACUUCAAUUUGCUCCAUAACUAUCAUUAAUUAUGGAAGAACUACGUAUAGAAGCUGAAGAGUUGAAGCGUAUAGAAAGGGAGGUGCAAGAACAACUCAAGAGAGCUACGGAGGCUGGAGAGGAGAUUGAUGAACAAGUUAAUCAGUGGUUAGAAGAUGUCCACAACGUUGGUGUCACCAUGAAAACUAAUUGGCUAGCCGAUGAAAAAUCUAAGUCAACCUCGAUGAAAAGAUUGUUUCCUCUUAAUUGCCAAAUAAAAAAGUCAAAAAAGGAUGUCCUGGAAAUGAAAAAUCUUGUUAGCAAACUUCUUUCUCAAGGAAAGAAUGUACUAUGUGUUUGUUUUCCUGCAGAAACUAAAGGAAUUGAACUUUUGUGGCGCGAUAAUUUUGUCGAAUUUAGGUCUAGGAGAUCUGCUUAUGAUAGGAUUAUGGAAGGCUUGGAGGAUGAGAAAGUUGGCAUCAUUGGCAUCAUUGGGAUGGGAGGCGUUGGGAAGACUAAAUUGGUGGUGGAAAUAGGUAAGAAUGCUAAAGAUAAGAAGUUAUUUAGUCAAGUGGUCAUGGCAACAGUGUCCCAAAGUCCUAAUAUUAGAAACAUCCAAGGUAUGCUUGGUGAUAUGCUAGAUUUGAAAUUCAAAGACGAUACUGAGUUUGGCAGAGGAAAUGAGCUUCAAAGAAGAUUCCAGAAAGAGAGUAAGAUCUUACUUAUUCUGGAUGAUGUAUGGGAAUUGAUUGACAUGGAGCGUAUUGGAAUCCCUUCACAAUCAAAUUACAAAGGAUCCAAGAUAAUUCUUACUUCACGACUUCAGAAAGUCUGUGAGGAAAUGGAUUGCACAUUUGUAAUACGUUUAGAUGUGAUAGAAGAAGCAGAAGCAUUGGCUUUGUUCAAUAAGUAUGCAGGACUGCAACAGAGGCCCAACCUCAAGAGCAAGGCAAAGAUGAUUGUUAGUGAGUGUGCAGGCUUGCCACUUGCUGUUAUUACGGUUGGAAGUGCACUUAAGGAUAAAAGUUUAGAGGACUAUGAAGAUGCAACUCGAAAGCUUUCCAAAUCUAGCUUUGUCGAUGUAGAAAGCGUUGAUAGCGAUAUUUAUGCUUGUUUGAAACUAAGUUACGAUUAUUUGGAAGAUGAAGAUACCCAAAGGUGCUUUAUAUUAUGUUCUUUGUAUCCGGAGGAUAGUGAGAUAAAGGUGGAAGACCUAGUGAGGUGUGCACAUGGACUGUGGUUGUAUCAAAAUGUUGAAUCAGUUGAUCAAGCAAGACGAAAGAUUCUUACCUCUGUCCAGCAACUUGAAAAUGCUUGCUUGUUGUCCUCUGUUUCUUUCACUGAUCAUCUUUACGCUGCCACUUCUUUCUCUUGUGUCAAAAUGCAUGAUAUGGUUCGUGAUGUUGCAUUGUGGAUAACUAAGUUAGAUGGCCUCUUUCUUGUGCCCUCCUGUUUAAAAGAGUUCAGGAGGAAAGACGUGUAUGAAAAAGCAAUUGGAGUUUCACUAAAUUCUUGGGAUAUAGAUGGUCAAUUUCCUGAAGAAUUAGAGUGUCCGAAAUUGGAAAUCCUGAUAAUGCGAAUUAGUCCUACAACUUUGCCAGGUAACUUCUUCAGACAAACAUGUUAUUUACGGGUUCUGGACAUUAGUUUUGGGACUAGAUCUAAAUGGGACAAUGAAGAUAAUAUCGAGUUAUUGGCACCAGUUUCGCUCCAACAUCUUGUCAAUCUCAAAACGCUUCAUCUUUUAGGCCGAUAUAUGAGGAAUAGUGAAAUGUCUAUAAUUUGCAAAUUGAAGAACCUGGAGAUUCUCGAGUUAAGUUUUCCUAUUUCUCAAACGGUGUUGCCAGAAUGGAUAGGGGAGCUUUGCAACUUGAGAGUGCUGGAUCUAUCUGAAUGCUAUCAUCUGGAACUGAUACCCUGCAACUUAAUAUCAAGAUUAUCAAAGUUAGAGGAGUUAUAUACCCCUAUACAUCAUAACACAAACUGGAGUAAUGCUUUUCUUUCUGAUCUAAGGUUUUUGCCUUGUUUGACUGUCUUUACCGGCUGGUUUAUGACUUCUCGUUCUCCUAUUCCGUAUUGGAUUGAGAAGUUGCAAGAUGACCUUAGGAGGUCAAGAAUAUUGGGACUGGUUGAUCUAAAUGAGUUGCCAAUGGAGGUUUUGAAGCAGUUGUUGCCAGGUGUAGAGCAUCUUGAGAUACACAAGGAACCAACGCAGGGAAUCAUAAACCUGUUUCCUCAACUUGAUAAUUCAGGUUUUCAGAAUCUUAGGCUACUCCGUCUGUGGAGUUUUGAGAGUCUUGAGUGUCUUAUCGAUAUGACGAGGACUGCGUCUCUUAACAACAGCAAAGUACUACCCAAUUUGGUUGAACUUUCGUUAUGUAGAAUGCAGCAGCUGCGCAAGAUGUGCUAUGGCCAUCCUUUAAACUACCUAGGAAACCUAAGGCAUGCUCGGAUCAUGGAAUGCCCUCGGUUGGGGAACAUUGUUCCGGACAUUCUUUCACUUGCACCAGAGUUAGAAGAAUUGAAUAUAUCGUCCUGUGGCACGCUUAAGUAUGUGUACAAUGUGGAAACAAUAAGAGCACAUCAGCUGGCAUUAAUCCCCUGUCAAUUGGAGGAGCAGGAGCUCAUCAAUGAGCAUGGUGAUGCUCAGUUGCGUACCAUGAUUCUUGAAGCAAUGCUGAGAAGCCUAAUCUCUUUAAGUAAGGUGAUAAUUAGUGAUUGUCAUGCCUUGGAAGAGAUUUUUCCACUUCUAGAAAUCAACAAUGAGAAAUGCGACGGGAAACUCACAAACUUAAUCGAGUUACGCUUAAAAGGCUUGCCUGAAUUGAAGUGCGUAUGGAAAGGCUCUCAGCUGAAUUACUGCCUCCACAAAUUAAAAACACUUGAGCUUUAUAAAUGUGAUAAGUUGUCAAAUCUUUUGACACACACUCUUGCCCAGAGUUUGUCAAAAUUACAAUAUUUAUCAAUAAAUAAUUGCAGGGCACUAGAAACUAUCAUAUCUCAAGAUGAUCAAUAUGAUGCCUUGGGGGGUCUACCUUCCUCUACGCCACAAACAAGCUUCCAGAAUAUCAAAAGUAUCUGGAUAGAAUCUUGCGACAAAUUAAAGAGCAUCCUGCCAAUGUCUUUUGUUGCUCAGGGCCUUCCAAAACUUGAAACAAUGUACAUCAAAAACUGCCCUAUGCUCGAGGAUAUAUUUGUAGAUAGCCAAAAAAACUUGGCUAAAAGUCGUGACAUCUUGAUGAAGAAUCUGACAAUUUUGGAGCUUGUGGAUCUACCAAGACUGGUUCCUCUGUCAGCAUUUAACUGGCAUCUAAUAUUGGCAUCUCUAGCUCGAUUAAAGAUAGCUGGAACAACAUUCAAACAUGCUUCUGAUGUCUUACUUGCAGUAGAUCAGGGUGAGGCAUCUAAUAAAAUUUUACCAAUUGGAGUGGGACAAAGCUUAUCGUAUUUGGAGGUGGAACCUGACAGCUACUUUACCAAUGUAGAAGAGGUGUUUCAUGUUGAAGAAGCUCGACUGCCUGUUCUCACAGAGUUACGAGCACUUAAGGUGGGUCACAUGCCCAAUCUGAAGUAUUUAUGGAAGGGUCCCACAGAGUUUAUCAAUCUAUGUAAUUUGUCGGAGAUAGAAGCACACAGUUGCCCUGAAAUCAAAAGUCUCUUCACAGUCGGCAUUUCUCGGACUCUAUGCUCCCUGAAAACUUUAAGAGUUUACAACUGCAAGGAGUUGAAGAAUAUCAUUGAGCCUGGUGAUUGUGAAGCACAAUAUUUGAACGAGAGGUGCUUUUGUGAACUGGAGAGCCUCUAUGUAGGUAAUUGUGAAAUGUUGGAAUGUGUUUUCCCUGUCUUUAUGGUCCAAAAUUUCCCAUGCCUAAAGUCUCUUAAAGUUGAGGACUGUCCAAAUCUAGAAAAUAUAUUUCAUGCUGAGAUGGCAUCAGCAAGAAGGAAUUCGAUGAAUUUGGAAGUGAUCCCAUUACAACAAGUAUACAACUGCAAGGAGUUAGAUAGUAUCUCUGAUUCUAUUGGUGAAGAAGAAAGUUUAAGUAGUUUCUCUAAGUCUAGCAGUAGUGAUGAAGAAUCCGUAGAGAGUAUAUAUGAGCAUAGUUGUGAAGAAUUGCUUUUAGAGACUAGCUUUGAGCCCAUUGCUCGAGAAGAAUAUUGUGCACCACAGAGUAACUUACCACACGCAUGCUUGCCAUACUUGAAACAAAUACAAGUUGAACGUUGUGACAAGUUAAAAACCCUGUUUCCUCUCUCCAUUGCUCAACACCUUCCACGUCUCAAAAAGGUGCACAUAAAAAGAGCAUCACAACUUGAGCAGUUGUUUAUUGAAGAUCGGGAAGCAUAUGAAGGAGAUAAGAAUAUUAUGCUACCUAAGUUGAAGAUGAUCGUAUUGGAAGAACUUCCUUACCUUAUCAGCAUUUGUCCUCCAGAUUAUGUCUUGAGCUGUCAAUCAUUUGUACAGCUGCCCAGGGUGGCUAUUGAGAACUGCAAGAUGAAAGUGAUUUAUAACCUUCAACAAAAUCAUAUCGCACAAUAUUGUCAGUCUGUUUUUCCAAACACAAAUACCUUAUGUCAGUUGGUUAAUUUAUCCUACCUUCGCCACAUAACACUAAAUGAUUCAAAGUCCUUCCCAAAGUGUAUCUUCACACAUUCAAUGGUUCAAACCCUGCAGUAUCUUGAAAUUAUAGAGGUGUUCAACUGUAUGGAGUUAGAAAGUAUCUUUGAUCCUGCAGUUGACCAGAAAGCCACUGCAUUACAACAGAGCAACUCUUCUGCUGUGACAUGCUUGCCAAAUUUGAAGGCUCUCCUUGUCCAAGGAUGUGAUCGGCUAAGAACCAUCUUCCCACUCUCUGUUGCUCGACGCUUGCCAAAACUCGAAACUGUGUAUGUGAAACGAGCUCACCAGCUGGAGGAAAUCUUUAGUGAAGACCUAGAAGGACAUGUGGAAUGCAAGUCCAUUGAGCUUGCAGAAUUGAAGCUUGUGCAUCUUGAAGAAAUUCCUUUCCUCUCCCAGAUUUGGCCAGCAGGUUAUGCUUUUAUCAGUCCAUUAUUUAUGCUUGAGUUAAAAGAGUGCCCCAUCAGAGAGCCAGAAAAGUUAAUUUAUCUCCCCUUUGUGCAUUUUGAGAACUGUAGCGUGGAGUUUUUGUUUGAUCUUGAGCAAGUUCCUGCUCAAAAUGGACAACUUAUACAUCUAAAUUUAGAAUUCCUGUGGUUGACCAACACACGCAAUUUAUCAUGCAUAUGGAAGGGGCCCACUGAGUUGAUAAACCUUUCCCAACUUAGACACAUUAUACUAGAUGAUGGUGGGAGCUUGCAGAUGAAGAGUAUUUUCACAUGUACCACAGCUCAAACUCUAUGUUUCCUUGAAACUAUUAAAAUUGUUAACUGGAAGGAGUUGGAAAAUCUAAUUGAGCCUAGUCACAAUGAAGAAUGUGUUGCUCUACACUAUAUCAAUACUUCAGCCACAUGCUUCCCUUGUUUAAGGUCUCUCCAAAUUGAAGGUUGUGUUAGAUUAAAAAACAUCUUUCCACUCUCUGUUGCUCGAUGCCUGCCAAGUCUCAGAAUCGUGUACAUAAAAGGAGCACAUCAACUGGAGCAAGUAUUCUAUGAAGACCGGGUGGAAGUAUAUUUGCAGAGCAAGUUGAUUGAGGUUCCACAGUUGGAGCUUCUACAGCUCUUAGAAUUGCCAUGCCUCUCCCGAGUCCUCCCAGCUGCCUAUGUUCUGACAUGGCCACCAUCAGCAGUGCUGCAUCUGGAAGGCUGUGCAAUGGUAAAACCAAAACUUUUUCCCUAUAUGCACAGUGUACAUCUUGAGAACUGCAGCAUGGAAGUGAUGUUUGAUCUUGAAGAAGAAGUACUCGGACAUAAAGAACCUGUGCUGGUAAACAUACAGAACUUGUGGUUGAACCACUUACCAAAUUUAGCACUGAUAUUGAAAGGGCCCAUCGAGUUAAUCGAUCUAUCCCAGCUUCGCUUCCUUAGAUUAGACAAGUCUAUGGCUUUAAGAAAUAGUCUCUUCACACAUACUCUGGCUAAAACUCUAUAUUCACUUGAAACUUUGCUGAUUUUCAACUGUGAUAAUUUGGAAAGUAUCAUUGCACCUGCAGCUAAUGAGGAAGAUUCAGUUGUAUUACGUGGUGCAAGUAGUUUCUCAACCACAUUCUUCUCCUGUCUGAUGUGUCUUCAACUUGAAGGAUGUGACAGAUUAAGGAAUGUCUUUCCACUCUCCAUUGCUCAAAGCCUUCCACAACUCCGAACAGUGAUCAUAAUACGAGCAUAUCAAUUGGAGCAAAUAUUUUAUGAGGAUCAAAAUGAAAAAAAUGUAGGAUCAAAAAAGUUGAUCGAGCUUCCUGAAUUACUGACCCUGCAUCUUGAACAACUCCCCUGUCUCUCCAGCAUCUGCCCAGCAAGUUAUUCUUUGAACUGCCGGCCCUCAUCUUUGCACUUGCAGAUAAUUGAAUGCCGUUUACUGGACAUCCGAAAGUACUUCCCAAAACAUCCAUUUUCGCUUGAAAUUUUGAAUUUGCCAACUCUUAAUAUGUACGCGAGAUGGGCUCCUCCUCCUCCUGGUUAUGUGACCCUCAAUAUUGCUGGUGCAGUGAAUUCUACCCAGGGUUCUGCUGGUGCUGGGGGCUUGCUGCGAGAUAUGCGGGGAUAUUGGAUAAAGGGGUUUUCAUUUCAUUUAGAUGCUUGUACUGCUAUUAAGGCUGAACUUCAAGCAAUCAAAGAAGGACUGGAGAUGACAUCAGACUCUGGGUAUAAUAAAGUCAUUCUGCAGACAAGCUCAGAAUCAGUUGUUGAUCUUUUGUUGGGAACAUCCGAUGAACUUCACCCUUUGCACCACUUGAUUACAAUCUGUAAAAAUAUGCUCAUUACGUAUGGGAAUGUGGAAGUAGAACCUGUUCAGCCUGUGGAAGUAAGACUUGUUCAGCACGAAGCGAACAAUCCCGCAAACUGGUUGGCUUUCUUCUCAUUUAAUUUAGAAACUAUUGACACUGUUCAUAUCUUCAGAAGCAUUCCUAGAGGUCUGAGGCGUUUAAUUUAUUAUGAUCAGGAGGGAAUAAUCUAUGACCCCUCUCCCUCCUAUUGUAAAUGAUAUUGUUGUGAGCUAUGUAGCAUGGGUACUUCUUCUAGGUCACGUAUUCGUACCCGUACCCGAUACGAUACGUAUCCAGUAUGAGUACGCAUACCCAUUCCUAAAAGUUCAAAAUCUCGCCGUUUUAUGUCCCCAUACCCGAAUCAGCACCUGUACCCGUAUCCGUCUAUGUGCAACCUAGGUUGUGAGUACGAAUGUAAUCGUCUCCAUGAGGUUCUGCUACCUUUCAAGCUUGCUGUGGCAACUUGUGGCUGCUAUUCUGUAUGAAACUUGCAAUGUCUUUGUUUUGUUAAUAAAGUUGUUUAAUUUCUUCUA